AUGGCGACUUCUGCAGCAUCCCUCACCGCACCUCUGCGCUUCCUUGCAAAGUACCAUGUGGCUGCAACGCGGCAGACUGUCGAGUGCAUUCCAUUUCAGCUCGCAGAUCGCGAGACUGCCUGCCUCUUCUUCGGGACGAUCCACGCCACGAUCAACCACAUCGCCGGGGUCGACAAGCUGUGGCGCCUGCGUCUCUCCGGACAGAGCAGCGCUGCGUGCGAGGCCUUCGACCGGUUCUACCGGAACGACCCGCAGUCGAGUGCGACGAGCGCGGAGCUUUGGCGGACGUACGAACCAGACUGGGCUCGCAGCACCGCUCUGGCAGUGGAUGCUGCGGAAGCGACGAAGGCCUUCGUCCUAGCCCAGACGGAGGAGUCGUUGCUGGAGCUCGUCGCAUACCAUCGCACAGACGGGACUGAAGUGCAGAUCCAGCGAGGAGCGGCUCUGAUGCACCUCCUGAACCAUGCGACGCACCAUCGCGGGCAGAUCCAUGCGGCCCUAACGGAGGCGGGCUGCCGUGACCUCGUCCUCGACAUGCCCGCGCUCCUGGGUGUGGAGGCGUGCCACUUCUAG